AUGGAGGGUCUCCCUUUGAACUCGGAAAGACGGGAAAUACGUAUCCUGCGGCCUCUUGAUUUCCAGGCAGCUGAUCCUAUGAUUGAAGACAGCCGUCUUGCAGAUUCUAGGCCACAGUUCGAACUUGAGGUUGUAUCCCUUGACGAUAGGCCCACCUACACCGCCUUGUCGUAUGUAUGGGGCACACAAAGCGAGGGUUUGAAGCCUGUCAUCAUCAAUGGAUGCCAAUUCGACAUAGGUGGAAACCUAUUUGCUGCACUUCAGAAUAUACCAAUUGCAGACAUGGCCCCAGCCAUUUGGAUAGAUGCGAUAUGUAUCAAUCAAGCCGACGAGAUUGAGAAGACAAAACAGGUACAGCUAAUGAGGUCGAUCUAUUCGGGGGCACAGGGUGUAAUUGUGUGGCUCGGACUGCCCACAGAGAAGAGUGACUUUAUAGUAGACUUUGUGGAUAAGUUUGUAGAACAUCUGAAGCGGGAUCUUGAUAUUCCGACCCCACAUGAUGAGGAGUUGGUGGACUACAUCGACUUUGAAGAGGCAAAUGGAGACGUGCUGAAGCAUAUCACCAUGGCUGUCCAGUCAUUAACACCGGCAGAUGACCCUGCAAAACAUGCUGCUCUUGAAAUAGAAGUCUUGAAAGAUUUUCUACAUUUCAUAACGGGGCGUGAAUAUUGGUAUCGAAUCUGGGUACUACAGGAAUUUGUCCUCGCUUGCCAAACCCAGAUGUAUAUUGGAAGCAGACAACUCGACUCGCAGGGUCUCGCUGCAUUACUUGCGUGUGUUACGAUGGCGAAGAUCCACUUUGUUGUUAAAGAUUCAAUAAGGGAAUCGCUGGUGAAAAGUUUGAGCAGCCACGGGAGCGAGACUGAGUGGUUACUGUACAUGUAUACAUGUCGAGAGCGAUUUGACCGCAGACUGGCUAAACCUGCCGCAUUCAGGGUAUUUGACCUCCUGUGCACGAUCUAUUGCCGCCCCGUGUGGCAUCAAAAUGGACUCGGCGGCUUGAAAACGUCAGAUAGGCGGGAUCAAAUCUUUGGACUGGUCGGCUUAUGUGAGGAGGAUUUUUCUAAAACCCUUGGAAUGUCAAUCGAUUACCAUCAGAGCUGGGAAGAAGUCUACAUUAAUGUGGCAGAGAGACUGAUAUCGUCGGGGUAUCUAGAUAUACUGGCAUUAUGUCAAUUAGAAAUGCCGUCAGAAUUGCCUUCUUGGACACCAUCGUGGCACGAGAUGAUAGGGAAUCCCAAUUGGUGGUUCAAAACGGGCUACAAAGGCAGUGCACACUCGCUCCUUGGUAAUUCGCUAUUCACUUCAUCAUCUAACAGCACAGUUGAUGUCUCAUUUGUGACCUUUCAGUCCGGAAGUUCCCGUUCGCGAUCUAUGCAGAUCAAAGGUAUCUCAGUAGACAAGAUUAUGACCGUCAAAUCAAUGUAUCUCAGGUCAGGGACGAAGACUUUCAUGCAUAAAGAGAUUGUCUACGGCAAGCUCUUGAGAGAAAUAGAACAACUCUGCCGACAAUCAAAGGAUAUGCAAUUCAACACUUACACUGCCGAAAAGCUACUCGAAGCACCAUGGAGAAUACCAAUCUGGGACUGUGAAGGACCCUCUACCUAUAAGGACGACGGUAGGACUCAACGGGCGACUAGUGCAUACAGCCGGAGCCGAUAUAAAACUUGUCUACCGCUCUUCAGAGCUAUGGAGGAAUGGCUAGACUCGAGAGGCGAGUCGGAAUCAGCCAUCAGUCAAGACCAGUGGGCCUCGCAUCCAAUUAAUAUCCUGGAACCGCAACUUGGGCCAGAAGCCAACACGUACCUCAUAGCUUGUAGAAUCGGCAGUCCAAUGAGACCUUUUAUCACGACGAGAGGCUAUAUUGGACUAGGCUCAGCGAACAUCCAGGCUGGAGAUACCGUUUGUGUCUUCUACGGCGCCAACGUGCCACACGUUUUGCGGCGAAGGGAGCAUGACAAACCUGGGUAUACCUUCAUUGGCGAGAGUUUUGUUUAUGGCCUUAUGGACGGGGAGGCCAUGGAACAAGACCACGAAUCAAUGACAUUUGAGGUGUUUUAG